AUGGUGAAAUCUACUUUAAUCUACAGAAAUGAUGCUCUUCCGUUGUGUGGCUCGGUUGACGACGACGCCGAAGCCGGCUUGUUGGAACAAAAGAAGAAGUGCAAGCUUAUUAUUUCCAGGAUCACGCCAAAUUCGGAGUCCCAGGCGUCCAUUGAGAGUGGGUCUAACUACGUGAUCCACUACUUGAUUAAGGAUUCCAUCGUGUACUUGGUCAUCUGUGACAAGUCGUACUCUAGAAAGUUGGCGUUUUCAUACCUUGACGAGAUCUCCAACGAAUUCACCAAGCUGUACGGACCUGAGACCAUGAACCCUGACGUCAGGCCAUUCGCGUUUGCCAAGUUUGACUCCUUCUUGGGCAAGACAAAGAAGGUCUACCAGGACGCCAGAGCCCAGUCUAACUUGGACAGAUUGAACAACGAUUUGGCCGAUGUCAAAAAGGUUAUGACCAAGAACAUUGAAGACUUGUUGUACAGAGGUGAUUCGUUGGACAAGAUGACAGAUUUAUCCUCCUCAUUGAGAGCCGAGUCUAAGAAGUACAGAAAGUCAGCCCAGAAGAUAAACUUCGAUGCCAUGAUUCGCCAGUACGUUCCAAUCGCAUGCGCCAGUUUCAUCUUUGUGUUCCUUCUCUGGUACACUCUCCUCCGUUAG